CCCCGACUCCUCGGGGAAAUCGUCCACCACGACGCGUAUCCUGCCAUCACCCUCACAACAUCCAUCAUGAUCCGCACUCCCGCCAGCCUGCGUAAAUCCUGCGGAAAUCCUACGACUGUAUCAUCGUUGUCAUCGACGGCGGCGUUUCGAGCCUCCUCGUCGCCAACCGGCUCAUCAGCGAGGACCCAGCGAGACCCAGCGGCGAGGACCCAGCGAGACCCCAGCGAGGACCCAGCGGCGAGUGGAGUGUGCUCGUCGUCAAGUCCUCGUCGUCGAGGCGGGGGGAUUGUAAGUCUUCCCACCUUCCCCUUCCCCAGGCGCCGGCGGGCGGGAGUUCCUCGUCCCCGGCGAUGUCGGCAAGACUACAGUAUGGGCACGGCGUACGACUGGCAGGUACCGUCAGUGGCGCAGGAGCAGGAGCAGCUGGUCAACGGCAACGGCAACAUCACGAUCCCGCUAGGCAGGGUAAGGUAGUUGGCGGGGGGAGCGCGAUCAACGGGAUGAUAUUCCAGCUUGUCCAGCGGGGGGCGCCGGCGGACUACGAUGUGUGGGCAGCGCUGCGGAACCAGGGUGGGGCGCCGGCGGGGAUGCUGUUGUACUUCCUAAAGACCGAGACGUCCACGCUCCGCUGAUUCUGAGUGCGCAUCUGCAGGCGGGGAUGUAUGCGCUUGCCGAGAGGGCGGCGGAUCUGGUCAAGGAGGAUUGGAAGUAGAUGAGAAGGUACUCGUGUUUGAUAUUGGACUUUCUUGUGGCAUCUUUCCAUC